AUGGCGAGUUUGGUGGAAUUGAAGCCUGGCCAGGCACAAUUAUUCUCAUCCUUUCAACCUUCUCUUGCCCCAGGUGAUUACAAAGUAACAGUCACGCAGGAAGUCAUUUUGCAGGAUAAGGACAAGGAAGGGAGGAAGACUCUCUCUACAGAUAAGAAGUUCAGAGUCGAAGGACCAAGUCAAUAUCAGCUCCCUGCUGGCUCAAUUCACUCCAUCUACCCUGGAGAAGGAGAGUCUGUGCCCUCCAAAGUAUUGCCUCAAGUCACGCUCAAUGACCCUCAUAUACCAUGGGAGCUGAGUCCAGACAACGAUCAAGACAUCUCCAAAAAACAUCUCGAUGGGUCGCUUAUACCAUGGCUUGCUCUGCUGGUCUUUACGGAAGAUGAGAUCAAGACUUUCCCCACCAUGGAAGCAAGACCAGCGCCUUCCCCAACUCUAUCACUUCACUUGAGUAAGAAACAGCUCAAAGCGUUGAAGUCUUCAUCUACUCAAGUCCCACUAUCCACCCAAGAUCUCGAUACAGAUGCCGAUGGUGGUGUCAAUACAGUUUUCGUCAACUCGUCGGGGUUUCGGGCAUAUUUCUCGAGGCAAAUGGGCGACAGCGAAGUUGAGCCAGCCAUUGCGCGGUACUCAUAUUUAUCGCAUAUCCGACGAUCACGCUCAACAAAACCACGCGAUCCGACCACAGAUACUUUCAGCAUUGUUCUAGGUCACCGAUCUGGCCCAUUGGAUAUUGAAUCUCCCACCACUGCAUAUGCCCAUCUUGUUUCUCUCAUGGGAGUACCAGACUUGAAUAUGCCCGGCCAGUCCGAUCUGUCAGCUCUGAUCUCACUGUACUCGUGGUCGUUCACAUGGACAAAAGGAAAUGACGCCGAGAUUAAAGGCGUGGUCGAAAAAAUAUCGAAGAACGUUAGGCCGUUGGCACGAGUACUGGAACUAUCAACAGAUCAAUGGCUAAGACGACGUCUGGAAGCUGGCUACACCAUGGUCAAACACCGGACCCAAACGGGAGAGCAGACUGCAGCUCUCUUUCGGGGCCCACUGAUACCUCAACAACCUCGAGGAAAUGAGCUGGACAAUGCUGAAGCAUCAGGUCAUGGUUCCGGGUUGCAAAUCAUCGACAAAACAACUGGUAUCAUCGACAUCACGUACUCGGCUGCAUGGAGUCUGGGCCGAUCGUUGGCGAUAGAGAAUUCUUCAUUCACCAUGGCUAUAUCUGCAUUGCGGAUGAAGAUCGCGCAGCUACAGCGAAAAGGUUCAUCGGGAGCAUUCUUGGGUGGAAACUCUGAGGCUCCGGAGGGAAAUACCCUGCCCGACUGGUAUGAGAAGCUCAAGCAGAUUUCCCAGCGUACAGCGGACUCAAAGGCUGCACUGGCGAGUGAGUCCCGGUCGCGAUGGAAGAGAGCUCGAGAGAAGCUCGAUAAACCGAACCUUGAGACGACUGUGCCUGGUUCUGAUGCAGAGACAGAUGGCGAUGCCGUGCGGGAGUUUCUUGAAAAAGAGGUUGAUAUCCUGGUCGAUGACAAGGAUUGGUACGCAAGGGAACUCGCAGAACCUACACAAGAAGGACUAUUUCUUGCCAAAGUCCUCGACUUUGUCUAUAAUCAGCUUCUCACACUUAAGGCUGUCCCACAGAGCUUUAUGUUUCCCGAGCCUGACAUCCUCGACACCGAAGCCAUUCUCACAUUCCAUGUUGAUCCGCUCUGGGUUGAUACUCUCGUCGACGGCGCUUUGAGCAUCGGGAGCCACAGCACUGUGAAUGAAGACUACACUAGAAGCGAGAUCAAAUGGGCCAUAAACCUUUACCUUCGCAAGGUGGAGCUUCGGUACAAGCACCCAAGGAUUCCUCGAUGGGGAGUUAUCAUUUGUGGCACGCUUCUCAAGACCUUUGACGACCCUCGCGUCAGGACCGGGAGCUCUGAGGCACCAUCUCCUCAAUUCCUGGUGAAUAAAAAGCUCACCGAUAGAGCUUUGCUGCUCAUCUUCAACUGCAGGCCAAGCGACCUGCCUUCGGGACUGACGGUAAGUCAAGCGCCUCACCAACAGUGCUUCGCUGUAGGCAAAGUCUUGGAGCCGAACAGGAUUGAGAUUGAGCCAGUUGGCGUCAGGCCGGAGAAACCCGAUACCGGUACUGAAGACGUGCAGGUUUCACCUAUUGUAGAGCAAUCAGGUUCGUCAAAGGCGUUCAACUUUAAGACGAGAUGUUUGAAUCCGUCGGAGAUUAUGAAGAUAUACGUUCCGGCUGUUAAGAGCAAAGGAGGCGACUAUCCUGCAACCGGGUCCUCUGCUCUUCUAUCCUUGGCACUGGGUGAUAAGAUACAAGAGUUGUCUAUCACGAUGACAGAAGAUCAAGCUGAUGCAGCAAGAGAAAAGCCACUAGAGCCGUUCCAGCUGAGCCUAAAGACUCGCGCAGAGGAGUCGACAAGCGUUGCGGCCAUGGAUGUAACAAACCUGAAGCCCAGCGCUGGCUCUAUCAAGCUUGGAUUCAGGGCUUACGAUGAGAAGAAGGACACCUUGGCAGCGAGGCCGACAGUCGUUGAGAGCUCAGCGAUAGUAACUCAUUCCUCUUCCCAUAGUACGACGCCCAUAGAGGAGGUAUCUCACGAAACUCAUACAAGCAUUAUCACGACAUCUUGCAGAGUUUUGAAACAGCAUACUUUGGACAAUGGAACGCGAGUUGUUGAUCUAAUCGUUGUUCUGAACCCCACAGAAGCUGAGCCACUAAACGGCGACAACUUCCAAGGAAUCAACGUGUCCUUCCCACUCGUUGAGCUGGUUGAUACAAAAGCAGUCACUCCACCAAGGGUAACACUGUUCGGCCAGGAUUCUGCUCGCUGGGUGUCAGGCAGCGCUUACGUUACGGGAGGCAAACCCUGUUUCACUGUCAAGCUACGGCUACGGGUACCAGGUCUUGCAAGGCAGGUGAACUUUGGUAUUCUUCUGAGCAAUGUCGUGCUCUCGGAUCAGAUUAGUGAUGAUGUCUUGGUUAGGGUCGAGGAGGAGUACAGCGUGGAAGGGCAUAAUUUGAGUGGCCCUGCGUCGCAGACAAGACUGGUAAAGCAGACGUGUUCGAUUGGAGGCCUCAAGAUAGCCGAGUAG